AUGAAGGAACUUAUUCAUUUAUGGAUAGUGAGUGUUUGUAUCAGCAAUGGUGUUGUAGCGGCUUACGAGGAAUACAUUUCAGAAGCGUUUUCAAUAGUGCGACGUGUGUUGGACCGAUUGGAGCAAGAUUCAACACAACUGCACGAUGUAUUGUGUGUGAAUUGUGAUGAUAAAGUGUUUGAAAAUAUUGUAAUUAGACUGCAAAACGAGCGACCUUAUGUGACAAUGAGACGAUUUACACUACUGGCUGGAGCUAGGGUAAUGCCACCGGGCAUGCACCGGAUCCCGUCGUUGAUAUUACAAUGCUGUACACCUGCUUCGUAUUGUCGCUGGGGUGAAUCAUUUCUAUUUUCCAACCCAUAUAAGUAUUCAAUAUUUAUACAACUUUUUCAUGGUCUAUCGAACCCCCAAAGAAUCCAUCAUGCGAAUGAUUUGGCAAGUGGUGGCAUCAUGCAAAUACUUCAAAUUGUCACCCCUUCUAUCAACUAUAGCAAAUGCAGUGUUUACAUAACGGGUGCGCUAGCGCAGAAAGUGAUUAAGGUUACCAAUGACAGUGAGAUUGAAAUACAGUUAUUCGAUGGUGCUUUAACUAACUUUAGGAAUUUUGUAUAUGAAGUAGGCCUCGUUCCAAUGUUUAUGCACAUGUAUACAAAGAAAAACACAUUCCAACACUUAGAGAUUGCCGCUUUUUUAACUAUUCUCAAAAAACAAGGCGCGAAAUAUCGUUUCCAUAGCGAAACAGAUCUGAACCAUCUGUUGAGGAAGAUGCUGUCUGGAAAAAUGCAUGUUUUGUUGAAUUUCGUUGAAAUGUCAGGCAAUUACUUUGAAUUUGCGUAUUGGAAAGACAUUCAAGAGUAUUGUAUUGUUUUACCGCGACGUUACGAACGAAUGCAUCUGCAGCUGCUGUUAACGCCGUUCAAAUGGCAAAUAUGGAUGGUGAUAGUGCUUAUUCUGGUGAUGGUACAAGUCGUAAGCCUAAUAUUCCCCGACCGUGUACCGCGUUACUUGAUAUUAAAGUGUUUUUUUGGUGGCGGAGAACGCGAACACAACCUAACCACCGGCAGCCGAUUAAUUGUUUGCGCUAUUUGUAUUCUAAUAUUUCUGUUCACCGAAACGUAUCAAGCGAUUCUUCUUUCCCUCAUGUCCGCAGAUCCUUUUGUAAAGAAUCCUGAAACAAUUGACGAAUUUAUUGAGCAGAAUCAAACCUUGUUAACUUUGAAAGGAACACAAGAGGACCUGCCUAGUAAAUUAAGAAACCUUGUGAUAGAGGUCGACAAGACGGAACUUAAUACGACAUUACGAUAUGCGUCAGUCGCGAGCUGCGAGUUAGCACAUCUUUUAAACAAGAAUCCUUUUGAUUGGGAAUUACCUGUAAAAGCCGAUCUGAUAGUGAUCAAGCCACACUUGUUUCAACGUUUGAAGCGCAUCGUUUUUAGUUGGACUUGUCCAGCAUUCCGAGAGUAUCAGUGGUACAUGGAUAUUAUGUUUGAAGUAGGUCUUUAUCAUAAGAAUCACAUGAAAUGGAUUCCAAAACGAGUGUUUGGGCGAAGGGAAAAAUCGUUUAACGAUUUAAUCGUGCUUACAGACGAUCUUAUCCCGGUGUGGGAGCUCUUGGGAACCGGCUUUUCAGUAGCUUUAGCGUGUUUUAUAGCCGAGAACGUAGCAUUUAGAUUGUUUUACAUUACUCAAAUGAUAAAACGCUUCAAAUUUUGGUGA